ACACAUAUGGUUCAGACAAAUUUGUUUAUUUUUUGCAAAGUUUAUGGGUUCCGAGUAGAGCUUUAUUUGACGGCUUGAAAUCUACAUUUUCUUUUCGGACUCCGACGUGGCAGGCAGUGUUCUCGAAAGAAAAUCCGACGUGGCAGGCUAAGGCGUACCCAACCCCACCAACCUGACAAGUUCCGAACCGAGCCCGCUUUACCCGCGCGGCGAGAGCCUACCGACUUUCCAGAACAGGAAAGAGCCCGAGCGAUAAGCGUUGCCGUAUUCGUUCGUCCCGCACAUGUUCCUCUAGCCCCCCCACGAGGACACGUCUCCCUCCGAAGCAGCACGAGCCGCUUGCAGCUGCCACAAGCAACAAUGGCUACGGCACGGAGCCUUGCCUCUUCCAUGCAAGUGCCAACUGUACUGUACCACGCGCUCUGGAUCGAUCUCGCUCGCGUUUAGGCCGGCCUCGCCUAAAUCUUAGGCUCUGCUUCCCGCGCCACACCGUCAUUUCUGCUCAUGGCUGAGCUGCCGCCGAUCCGUGUAAGGCGACCGGCGGCGGAGCUAGCUGUCCCAGCUCCAAAUGGAUCCUUCCUUUCUUGCGUCCCUAGCUCCACGGCGUGUGCGCGUAUAUAUACUGCGCGUGCUUGUGCGAAUCGCAUCUGGGUGUCAGUCGAGGAGAGGUUGAUGGACCGGGGCAACGAGAUGCCGGGGAAGAAGGCGAGGAAGCCGUACACCAUCACCAAGCCCCGGGAGCGGUGGAGCACGGAGGAGCACGAGCGAUUCCUCGACGCGCUGCUCAUGUUUGGCCGCGAUUGGAAGAAGAUCGAGGAGCAUUUGGGCACCAAGACCACCAUACAGAUUCGUAGCCAUGCCCAGAAGUACUUCCUCAAGGUUCAGAAGCUCGGGCUGGCCGCCGGGCUGCCACCGCAGUACCCGCGGCGCAGGUUCGUCAUGCAGCAGCAGCAGCUGCAGAGCUCACCGGCCGGGAGCAGCGCGGCUGCCAUGCCAAUACUGCAAGGGCAACCUCAGUGCGUGCAGGUCGCCAUGCCGAGUGCACCCGACGCUGUCGUUCAUGGCUCCAUCGGUUGGAAUUGCCCUGGAGUUCUUGCUGAAACCAGUGACAUUCAAAGCUUGGACUGGCCAGGCACUUCUGGAGCUGCAGCAUGGGUGAACAGAGAUGCACAAGGCCAGAUUGCAACACCUGCAUCGUUUCCCUGUGACAGUUCAUUCAUCGGGGCACCAACCUUCAGCAAUACAAGCAUGGAAUGGGCUGGCAGCACAAGUGAAGCAUUAGCAGUCGGCGUUGUGCAGGAUGAAACUAUUCAGCUUCCGUUGUCUCCAGAUGAUCUGCAUUUUGCGCAAGUAUACAGGUUCAUCGGCGACAUAUUCGACCCUAACACGCCAUGCCCAAUUGAAGUCCAUUUGCAGAGACUGAAGGAUAUGGACGAUAUCACCGUCAAGACGAUCUUGCUGGUGCUAAGAAAUCUCGAGACCAACCUGUCAGCCCUUCAGUUUGAGCCUAUCAGAAGAUUGCUGUCGACGUAUGAUCCGACAAGAGGGCUGUUUGGGCAAUUGUAGCGUGUAGGAACAGUCUGAAAACUGCAGCUAACACACUGAUGGACGUUCAGGUGUUCCCUGAAUGGCUGAAAAAAGUAUUUGAACGCACAGAAAUGGUCAGACACCGAGAUGCCUGCCUGGUUGUUUGGUUGACACAUAGUACAUUACUACAUUCUAAUGAUUCUUUUGAUAAUCUGGAUAUAGCUUAAUGAUUGUUUGUAAAAUAGUCUACCUAUAACAUGUAUCAGAUAGUUCAGUACAGAACUCUGCAAUUUGCAUGUUGGUUCAGGUAGUAACAUUCAUGAA